CCUCCGCAAAUGAACAGAGGCUCCACCUGGAGUCUGCAAAGAUGAUCUAUACACAGGAGUGGAUUCUCUGCUUCACGGGGAUGUUAGAUGAAAUUGAAGCUGUAGGAGACAAUACCCCAAUAUUUCUAUGAACAAAGGCUCCACUUGCAGUCUGCAAAGAUGUUCCACGUAGACGAAUGGAUUUUUUGGUUCUUGAGGUCUGAAGAAAUUCAAGCUGAAGAAGAAAAUACCCCAACAUCUGUAUGACAAAGGAAAGAAUGCCAGAAGGAAACCACUCUGCACUGAGUGAAUUCAUUCUGCUGGGGUUCUCCAACUUUCCACAUCUUCAGCACUUACUUUUUUCUGUGUUCUUUUCUACUUAUUUGUUCACCUUAGCUGGAAACCUUCUCAUCAUUUUCCUUACCCAUGUGGAUGCUGCCUUGCAGACCCCCAUGUAUUUCUUCCUCAGGAACCUGUCCUUCCUGGAGAUCUGCUACACAACUGUGAACAUCCCUAACAUGUUGGCCAGUCUCCGUACAGGGGACAAAAGAAUAUCUUUCUUUGGCUGUGCUACACAAACCUAUUUCUCCUUUUCUUUUGGAGGGUCAGAGUGUUUUCUCCUGGCCUCCAUGGCUUAUGAUCGUUAUGUUGCUAUCUGCAAUCCCCUGCAUUAUUUUGUACUUCUGAACAAGAAGACUUGCAAUACACUGGCUGCAGGGUCCUGGCUCAGUGGGAUACUCAUAUGCUUUGGUCUCACAAGCAUGGUAUUUACUUUACCCUUCUGCAGAUCCAAUGUCAUCAAUCAUUACUACUGUGACAUCCCCCCACUGCUGAAGCUGGCCUGUGUGGACACUUCCCUCAUCGAGUUUUGUAUAUUCAUGUUGGCUUUGAUUUUUAUUGCCUUCCCCUUUGUGCUGAUCUUCCUGUCAUAUGUACGUAUUGUCUCCGCUAUCCUGAAGAUUGCCUCAACUGAGGGCAGAAAGAAAGCCUUCUCCACCUGCUCCUCUCACCUUAUUGUGGUUAUAUUAUUCUAUGUCUCUGGCUGUGUUAUAUAUCUGAAGCCCAAAGCAGACUACUCUCCAGAUACAAACAAGUUUCUUUCUUUGUUAUACACGUUCCUGACACCCAUAUUAAAUCCUAUCAUUUAUACUUUGAGAAAUAAAGAGGUGAAAGGUGCCUUCUGGAGACUUCUUGGGAAAAGGAGGUUGGCUUGCAUAAAGGAAGUGCUUCCUUGUCAUUGCCUCUAGCUCAGUUGUUCCUCUCUAGGUAGGGAAUACAUUCAUGGAGGUCCAGCCUUUGAUCUGAUGCAGAUGCUGAUCAUUCGUCAUGAGAGUUAUGCAAUUCCAAAAUUGGUGGAAUUAUGUUGGUGUAACCUUCCAGUGACACUAGCAUCUGCUGAAAAAGGGUGGAAUCCUUCCAAAAAAACUCAAUAUUGUUGUCCCCAGUCUUGAGCUCCAACAACAGUGUCUACCAUGGGGAGAGUGUUGUGGAUAUUCUUAGAAUGAUUCUUUUAAAAAUUCUGUUUGCACAAGCAUCUUUGUGACUCUUAUACAGAUAAUGCAACCUUGGCAUCGACCCACUGCUAUGCCGCCACAAGAAUGAUGAUAAACAUAAUGACAAUAAAUUAAGGAAGCUAACAUUUA